CUUGACUCCCACCUUUCUUUUCACCGCGCGUCUUCUACCUAAUUAGUUACGGCGUGGUUUCACCGCCACGUCUUUUUUUAUUUUGCUCGUACGGAUAGGGAUAGAGAAGUGACCAGCGGGCAGCGGCAUGGCGGUGCUUCCGCCGGUGAGGGUCGCGGCGGCGGCGGCUUUUGGCCGCUGCUCGUCGCCGGCGACGGCUCCUGCAGGUUGCUGUCGUGGUUGUCCUAGAGGAGGCCGUGCCGUGGCCAGCGGGACCAGGCGGGGUUCUCUCGCGUGCUGCGCCGCGUCUGGGGGAGGGGGAGGCGGCGGCCGGCCGGCCAUCGCCGUCGCCGGGGACCCGCCCACGUUCGUCAGCGCGCCUGGCCGCCGCAUCGUCGCUGUUGGUGACCUCCACGGUGAUCUCUACCAAACGAGGGCGGCGCUGAUGAUGGCUGGUGUCCUGAGCUCAGAAUCGGAUGGCCAUGUAUGGACAGGAGGGCAGACGGUGCUGGUUCAAGUUGGAGAUAUCCUUGACCGCGGUGAGGAUGAAAUCGCGAUACUCUCUCUCUUGAGUUCACUGAAUAUGCAGGCCAAAUCUCAAGGGGGUGCAGUGUUUCAGGUUAAUGGAAAUCAUGAAACCAUGAAUGUGGAAGGUGACUUUCGGUAUGUCGACCCAGGAGCAUUUGAUGAGUGCAUACGCUUCGUGGAGUACUUGGAUGAAUGUGGUGGCAACUGGGAUGCUGCUUUUCUCAACUGGGUUAAUGUUUGUGAAAGAUGGAAGGAAGAAUACCCAACGUCACCCAAUGGUGACUGGCGUCCUUGGAACUUUGUCAAGAAGCAGAAAGGUAUUGCUGCUAGAGCAUCGCUUUUCAAGCAAGGUGGCCCGUUAGCUUGUGAGUUGGCACGACAUCCCGUUGUCCUAAGUGUUAACGAUUGGAUCUUCUGCCAUGGUGGCCUUCUUCCUCAUCAUGUUGAAUAUGGUAUCGAGCGUAUGAACAGAGAAGUAUCAGUUUGGAUGAAACGUUCGAGCGUAGACAGCGAUGAUGAGCUAGAUAUCCCCUUCAUAGCAACUAGAGGCUAUGACAGUGUAGUAUGGAGUCGUCUGUACUCACAAGGGCCUACAGAAAUGACGCGCCAUUCCUGGAAGCUAUCUUCUGUGGUUGCCGAACGAACGCUGAAAUCUGUGGGAGCCAAAGGGAUGGUGGUGGGGCACACUCCCCAGACUCGCGGGGUGAAUUGCAAAUGCGAUGGCAAGGUUUGGUGCGUCGAUGUGGGCAUGUCUUAUGGUGUUCUCUACUCAAGACCAGAGGUCCUAGAAAUAGUCAAUGACAGACCAAGGGUUUUGAAGAAUCGGAGGGACUCAUACGAUGAGAUGGAAGUGCUGGACUAUCUAUGAAACCUGAAGAAACUUGUGCAUCUAUACCAAAAAUUCUUUGUCUGCAAAGCUACUGUACUAGAUAAAUUUGGACGGACAUACAGGAAUGGAAAAUGCUAGCUAGAGGGACUGAUAUACACAAAAAGAAUUUGAUCUUCCUCCAUCUGUGACUGCUGUUGGGUGCUUCUCUUGCACACAUGGAAACCGAAGUCAGAAGCUUAUGUCUGCAACUUGGUUGUGCCUGUCGAAGCAUACAGAUUUCCCUUUGAGGAAUUUUUGGUGGCCACCAUCAAAAUCAAACUCAGGAAUGAAUAUAAUUAACUGAAGAAGGCAUGUAUAAUUGUAUAUCAAUAGGAUUCUCAUACAGCAUCUGCAUACAGUAAGCAAGCUGGUGCUAUUUUUCUUUUAUGGUGGCUGUAGCACAUUCAGAAAGCUAUUGUGUUUUAGACUUGCAGUGUUCAGACAAACAGAGAAUGAAUUGUGCAGCAUCAGCAACCUUUCCUAUGUAGCCCUGAUGCCGAGUCAUGCUGAACAUAUCUUGUGUGAGCAUUGUACAACACAAAACCUCAACUGAGCAAUUUGACAGAUGAAUACACUCUGAAACCACCUGUCAGUUAGUGCCUCAAUGAUUGUUUUAGUGACAAUUUUUGACCAUGAUGACUUAGUGAUCAAGGAAGUUCUCCAGGAGAAACUUCUGAUGGCCCUGCCAAACUAGUCAAGGG